UUAUCAGAGAUCACGGCGGAUGGAGUCCUGCGGUGCUGAGUCGCUGAUGAAGGCUUGAUUGACCCAGAUCGCUGGCGGCCAUCUUGUCUCCUGAUGUCGGUGAGAACAGGAUCGAUGAGAAGACAGGGACUCUGAUUGGACCUCCUGCAGCGAGCAGCCGUUGAACGGGUUAAUGCGCUCUGACGCAGGAUGGGUCAACAAGAGGCUGCGGGCCGCAGACCCAGCCUCCGCUUCCCGGAUCCGCGCCGAGCCUCCGGGCAUGCCGCCCCGCCGCGCCGCUGAUCGGGACGCCGGGCAGCAGCCGCCGCGCGGUUCACCGAGCUGAGGAAGCCCGGGGAGAUGAGCGGGACCGGGAGCCGGAGACCCGCCAGCCUCCCGGUGCCAACUCCGAGCCGAUCUGGAGUGGCGUUGCUGUGCAGCGGCGAGAACGGCGACAGCUUCGACGUCUGCCUGCGGCUGAGCAGAGACACUCUGACCAUCCAGAAGCUGGACGUGGUCUGCACCAACAGCUCUGAACCCAAAGCCAACCACAGAGCUGUAGUCCUGAGACGACAGGCGGCUGGCGGUCUAGGCCUCAGCAUCAAGGGCGGAGCGGAGCACAACGUUCCUGUCGUCAUUUCAAAGAUCUUCAAGGACCAAGUCGCCGAUCAGACGGGGAAACUGUUCGUCGGGGACGCCGUGCUGCAGGUUAACGGCAUUAACGUGGAGCAUUGCACCCACCAGGAAGUGGUUCACCUGCUGAGAACUGCGGGUGAUGAGGUCACCAUCACCGUCCGCUACCUGAGCGAAGUCCCGUCCUUCCUGAAGCUGCCGCUCGGUUCUCCUGGGCUGGACCAGAACCGGGUCUCCUCUCCGCUCUUUGACAGCGGCUUCCAUCUGAACGGGAACAACACGGCUCCGCCCCCUUCGCCCUCAGCUAAUGAGCCAAAGUACGAGAAGCGCUGGCUGGACGCCGUCUGCCUGCCGCUGCGGAUGGCCAGAGUCUCCAGACGACGAGCCGGGAGCGAUAAGCUGAGGUCCAACAGCUUCGAGCUGUUCUCCCCGGAUACGUCCAGCUGCAGCGUCCUGCAGUUCUGCUCGGCAGCAGAAAGUUUGGACUGGCUGCAGGCGAUCGCUGCGAACAUUGGCGAGCUGACGCAGGAGAGCAUUAAAAUGCUGAAUAAAUCAUCUUCUUCUGAUGAUCAGAUCGUCCACAUGGGCUGGGUGUGUGAGUCUCCAGAGAACAGCGCCCCCUGCAGGAGUUUAGCCUUCAGUUUCCUGGCACUGAGAGGGCCAUAUUUUUAUAUCUUCAGACGGCCGCCGGUCAGCGCCACCGACUGGGGAAAACCUGAAACUACAUACAACCUCUAUGAGGUUCUUUUCAAGGUUCAUAAGCUAUGGCUGGCUGAGGACUGCUGGCUGCAGGCGCGGCUCUUCCUGGGUCUGCAUGGUUCCCCGGAGCAGCCGGACGGCGACCCGCUCUGCUUCAGCAUCCUGGUGGGCCACGGCCAGAGCCACACCUUCAGGGUGGAGCUGGCCUCAGACCUGGCAACCUGGGACAAGUCCUUCCAGAGGGCCGUGUUCCUGGAGGUGCAACGAGUUGGGUCUAAAAGCUACAUGUGCAGCAGCCAGGGGAGCGUUCUCAGCUUCACGCUGGAUUUCGGAUCCGGGUUUAGCUGCUCAGACGUGACUUCAAAGGCUGUUCUGUGGAGAUACAAGUUCUCUCAGCUGAAAGGCUCAUCUGACGAUGGAAAAACCCGAGUCAAGCUACUCUUUAAGAACGCUGACAGCAACCAAAUAGAAAUGAAGGAACUGGAGUUUGCCAACCUGACGGCGGUCCUCCACUGCAUCCACUCCUUCAUCGCUGCCAAGGUGGCGUCCCUGGAGCCCGGCUUCCUGUGCAGCCAGAGCCUCGCCACGCACAUCAGCAGCUAGACUUCCUGUUCCUGUAGCUCACCAGACACGUUCCUGUUCCUGGAUGUUUUUCUAUAAACGUCUGUAAAGGUAGAUUAUCCUCACAUAGAUGGUUUUUAUCCAGACCGGAACAUGACAGAGAAUAUUUUCAGGUUGGGUCGGAGAGCACUUCCUGUUACAGCAGCGAGGGAUAAAGAUGCAGAAACAAAACUAAAUAUUGGGUCAUAUCAUGAAAUAUCUUAAUAAAAUUAUAACUAGCGAGCAAAUAAUAGAACAUUAAUAUUGAUUUGAUGCUGAUUCAUCAAUAAAAUUCAGACUUUUUAAGCUGCAGCUGCUUCUGGUCUAAUGUUGGUGAUUGUUACGUCAUAAACUAAUAACUCUGGUUUAUUAUUUCAUAAUACAUGAAUUAUUAACAUCUAACUGCAGGUUAUUACUACCACGUAAUGACAGUGUAAUAAUUGUCAUAAUAAAUAAUUUGAUUAAUAUUAGUAAACUAAAACCUGUAACAGGAAGUGGCUGCUUUAUUUAUUCUUUAGAUUAUAAAACAAACAUUUUAAUUGUUUUUCCAAACAUUUAGAUUAAUUCAUCAUAAAGACUAUAUCAGCUGAAAGAGUUUAUUUUACUGGAAGCAACAUGAUGCAGAGCAGAGCUGACGGGAACGCGCUGCCGCCGGUGCAGAGCUGUUUGAGUCUGGCAGCAGGCUGAAUAAAGCUGACUCUUUGUGUCGGGAUCAAACGUCGGCGGAGGAAAACAUCAGUUCCAGCCAAGAAGCCAGAAGGGUUCAAUUCUGGUCAUAUUUUCUGAAACAAUUCAUGUUGCUGAACUCCUGGGACUGAUUUGGGUCAGACGGAACCGGCUGGAUCCGCCUCAACUAGAACUCUCUGAAGAUUCUGCAUUUUGUUCUUCCUCUGGCUGGGAGACAAACGGGAAUCCGUCUCCAUUUCUUCCUGUUUGUGUUUUUAGCUGAAAUGUUUCCGUCUGAUUGGCCGAUCGAAGCGACUCUUUUUCUACUUUGUUCCAGAUUAUUUCACUGCAGAUUAUUAAACACUUUUGUAAGAAAUUC